UCAUAACCUUCAGUCGCUGCACUUGGGUUACUCCGCCUGACACUACAGUAGCAUGUCUUCAGACCCGGACCAAACCUUUGGUAGCCCUUUAGCUACUUAAGUUAGCUCCGUGUGGCCGCUAAUGAGAGCACCCGGCGGGCCUCGGAAUGCCUCGGAGAAAGAAAAACGGCCAGAGCCCGGCCCGAGUCCCCGGCGGGCCGCCAGAGGGGGGGAGCAGACUACCUCAGGGAUUUGACGGUGCAAUGGCGAACAACUUUCCAUCCAGCACCUCGCUCUCUGCCUCCAUCAAGGAGAAUAUCGUCAAAAGCAUGCAGGAGAUGUUCUCACACCUGGACCCCGACGUUAUUUACAUCGUGCUGUCCGAGUGUGAUUUUAAAGUUGAAAAUGCAAUGGACUCUCUCUUGGAGCUGUCUGUGGCUGCUGAAGUUGUAGGACCUAUGCCUCCUCCUGUCUCUGGCUUUGAGCGCACUGCUGCAGCCCUGCUCAGCCCACAGCACUUUUCUGAACCUAGACCAGAACCAGACUCCUCCAGACCACCACAGCUGUCCUCCUCUCCUCCCUCUGCCAACAUCCUGACAGAAGAGCUGGACCUGCUUGUCGAUCAGGAGCUUGAGACACUAACCACACAGCGAGACGUUAAGGAAAAGUACCACAGCAGCCAGUUUUUAUCCUCUUUCCCUCCACCACCAUUCCCAAAGCAGGUCCUCCCUGAGCUGCUUCAGUCCAGCAUGCAACCUGGAUCCAGAGGGCCCUCUACUGGCCUGGUGGAGAAUAUUUCUGAAGCUUCCUCUCCGCUUGACCAGCUCAGCACUUGGGAAGACGAGAUUGCUGAAGAGCAGGAGCAGUCGACGGUGGAUUUCACACAUCUGAUGGCAGAGACGCCUGCAGACAAGCCGAAACCUUCUUUGGACCUGGCAGCUUCAGGACGUCCCUCGGCUUUCCAGGUAUAUAAAAAGCAAGACCCACCGCACACUCUUGCAGACAAGGCUGGGGUCAUUCCCUCCAAAGCGGUAGUCGGAGGAGCAAGAUCUAAGAUGAACUUGUCGAAUCAGGAGCCACUUGGCUACAUGGCGUCACCCUGGAACUUGGCGGCACCUGUGUUUUCUCCCCGCACCCAUGGAAACCAGGGGCCAACAUUCAUUACCCCUGUGGCUCAAACGCCUUCCAACUGGCCCAGCCAACCCAGACAGGCCUCUCCCUGGCUGACUCAGGGGCCUGUCCGACAGGCACCUCUUAAACCUUCUGCUACUAUUCCUAAGUCCUGGGCACUGCCUGGUCCUCAACAACAUCCUACUCAUUAUGGCAGGCUUCGUCUAGAAGGGAAGGUCCUUGUGCUGCUACGUGGUGCUCCGGGAUCUGGCAAAUCAACCUUGGCAAGGGCCUUGGUCGAGCACAACCCAGGUGGAGUUAGACUGUCCACUGACGACUAUUUCACUCGCCAUGGAGAAUAUCAGUUUGACCCUGCUGCUCUGGGGGAAGCCCAUGAGUGGAACCAAAAACGAGCCAUAGAGGCCUUUGAAAGGGGUGCUAACCCCAUCAUUAUUGACAACACCAACAUGCAAGGCUGGGAGAUGAGACCCUAUGUGGUUCAGGCACUGAAACAUGGAUACAAGGUGCUGUUCCGAGAGCCGGACACUUGGUGGAAGAGCAAGCCUAGAGAACUACAGAGACGGACUACACAUGACGUGCCAGUGGAAACAAUCCGACGCAUGCUGAAUGGAUAUGAGCGCUUUGUCACAGUCCAGUCCAUCAUGGGUUCACAGAUGCCUGAGUUGAAACAGCGCCUCCUUCUGGAGAAUAGAAGCUCACAUCUGGUGUCUUCUGAAACACCUUGUCCUGACCUUGUUGAGCAACCUGGAUUGACUGAGGGACGUAAGAAAUCCUGCCCUCAGCUGUUUUCCUCCCUUCCUGACGUGUCAUCUAUUGGUCAUUCUGGUGAGGUAGGAGUGCUUGAAGACGGCACCCACAAAUCUACGGAGUCCCUCAAUUUCCAGCCUACUGGAGGACUCACAGAGAGCCCUGAAAUGUCUGACGGGGUUGAUUCCAUGGAUUUGGGGCAAUUAGAUUCUGAGCUGGACACCGCGUUAAAGCUAAAUCAUCCAACAGGGGAUCAGAGAAUCCCCGACUGUAUUGUGGAAUCAGUGAUGAAUGAGGAUUAUCGUGGGGAUGAAAUGCCCGUCGCUUUCUCGGAGUCUAUUGGACAAAGAGUGAGGAGAGAAAGAACAAGCAGAAGGUCUGGUUUUGACAGGGCAGAGCCUGCAGAUCUGGUGAAAGAUACUAACCAAUCAGACAGCGAGGCCAAGGAGAAAGAAAAGAUGAAGGAAGAGGAGGCAAAAGGGGUUGAGAUAGCGAGGGAUGGGGGAGAGAAGGGAAUGCUUAAGAUGUUAGAUUUUGUAGGAGACUGGCCUUCUGAAGGGACUCUCGAGCAGCGCCAGGUGAGGAGAAGAGAAAGGCGUAAAGAAGGAAAUGGCAAAGAAGAUGAAGGCGUGUCCCAAGAAGCUAACGAAAAUAAAACUAAAGUGCAGUCGGGACCCAAUGUAACAGAGUUUCAGAAGCUUCUUGAUCUUAUUCAGACGGGUCAAACUGCCAUUCUGACCAGCUCUUCCCAUUCAUCCUCCUCUUCCCCGAGCUCCGGAGAGGAAUUGGAGAAAGAAGAAGAUGCAGGUGGCAGGUUUGAGGAAUCCCAUAGCAGUAGAUCUGACAGCGAGGAGAGAGAACAGAACAUGAACAGGGUCAACAGCAGCAGAGGUGAAUUACCUGACUGUGUGUUAGACGGGAAGGCAGCUAACUCGUGUAAGGCCAGGGUAUCGAGAAUUGAUCAUUGGGAGGCCCUUAAAACUGAAAAUGAGGCGAGAAGUACCACAAGAGGGAAUGAUGACUUGUUAGAGAUUGACAAAGAAAAUAGGACUGUGGAUUUGAAAUCAACUAGCCCAACAAAUCCCCUCCCAGCUCCUACUGCUGAUUCACUAGUUGUAUCCAAUACCAUGGAGGCAAAUGUAUGCCACGAUGAACUGGGAGGCCACAAUAUUAAUGAUACGGUUGGUACAGAGCCUGGUACUGGUCCUACUGAUGUGGACAUGAAUAACUGCAGAGAAACUAGAGUUGAGGCUGAUGACAGUCAAACUAGUGAAGUGUGUCAGAGUCCUGUCUGUGAGGGCUCUGUGGAAGCAGAAAAUGGAGCUUUCAGUGGAGGCAGUCAGGAGAGAAAGCAGCGUCAGGGUCGUAGAUCAGGGAAACAGUGCAAACUAGCCCUCACAUUUACUCAAAACUGCCCCGCCUCUUCAGUGAAUACUCUCGAAUGUCCCGAUACCACUGCCCAAAUUAUAAACAGUAGUCAGAAUAGCAUCAACGCAGAUGUUGAACCUAAUUUUAAUCCUAACUGUAACACUAGCCUUAGCCUUGAACCCAGCUUUGACCUGUUCACCGAUUCCAAAUCUGAGCCACCCCUGAAGCUCCCUUCCCCACCUCCUCUGGUAGACACAGGCUGUCACACCCAGACAGAACCCCAAGACUUUGCCCUUCUUUGGCGUCUCAAUCAUCAAGACACCCCCAAUGAAGCAGUUGUCAAUGCGUGCAGCCACCCUAGUGACAUCGCAGUCCUGUCUGGAGACUCUUCUCGCUUUGUGCCGGAGCUGUCCACUGUCGUUUCUGCAGCAGUUGCAGUUCACCCAUCUGGCCACAGAGAGGUACCCUACCGUGUGGUUCAUGAGAAAGGCACACAGGUGGAGGAGAAAGACUUUGGGGCAACUCAAGACCGCCUUAAGAGUUUGCGCAUUCUCAGUUGCCAUUUUAAACUGGUUAGUUUUGAUACAUUAGAAGAUCUGUAUGACAAAUGCCAUCAGGACUUAGAAUGGACCACCAACCUGCUGCUGGACUCGGGAGAGAGGUUCUUCAGAGAUGAGGAUGGUGAGAAAGAAGAGGAGAGUGAAGAAGACAAGGACACAUCCAGUCUGUGUGGAGCUUUAAGCAAAGCUGUAGAAACCAGUUCAUGUCCUAAUGCGUUAGAUGAGCAUCACCCUGAUGAUUGGCCUAGAUUAGAAGAGGCGACUCAGUCAACCUUUGGGACCGUUGUUGAGUCAGAUGAGAGCUCCAAUAAUGCCGAUAUGUUUGGAGGUGCAGCUGUUUCAGUUAGAAACAAUCCUGAUACAACCUCACACUUGGAAAAAUCUCUUCAAACAGAGCGUAGUCUUCCUCAAGCAGUAAACGAAGGAGAGAGAUGUGGUGACACUGACCACAAAGUGACAUCAGAAGGCGGCGCUUGUGGUGGAAGCUUUGAUGACGAAGUAAUAAUUGAAGAGUCAAGAGUUGAGAUUGAGAAGGAGAUUGCGAGCAUGGACGAGGUCCACCGGCUACUGCAGGCUGAGCUAGAUGAGAUGGAGAGAGAGGAAAGACAGAAGGAGAACGAGAGGACUGAAAGGAGGCACAUGGAGGAGCGAAGGAGUCGACACCUGAACAUUCAGAGUGUGGAGCUGAAACUACCCACUGAGGUUGCCCUACAGCUCACUGAACUGUUUGGUCCUGUCGGAGUAGACUCAGGUACAUGCUCCACUGAGGACUAUGCAGUGCAGAUGGACCUGAACUUGGCUAAACUGCUCCACCAGAAGUGGAAGGAAACCAUUCAGGAGAAGCAGAGACAAGCAACUCUUUCCUUUCACUUGCUUCAGGAAAGUUCAGUCCACUGGGGUGAGUCACAGGUGGCCAAACCUGGGCCUCGAGACCGAACACAGCCAGCACCGUUCCUGAUUAGUGCAGAUGGUUACGAGUCACUGGACAGCCAACCAGAGGCCCGUACUCUGAUGCCAUUCAUGGACCAUUGGAAUGUGUCCCGCCCACAUGUCUCUCUCAGAGACAUUAUUAAAGAGGAGCAGGCUAUGCAGGAGAAUGUGGAAAAGACCAGACAAAGUCGUGCAGACCUCGACCGACGUAACGGAGCUGCCCUGCUGAAAGAGAACCAGCUAUACUCCCUCUUCCCCACCAUUGACAGGCAUUUCCUCCAGGACAUCUUCCGAGACAACAAUUACAGCCUGAGCCAGACAGAGCUGUUCCUUCGCUCUCUACUGGAUGAAGAGCCGGUCAAGACAGUGGUCGCCCCAGAGGCACCUCGGUCCGACCACCACAGAGCAGCCAGCAAGGAGAGGGAAAAGAGGCAGAAUCCCCUGGAGUUGCUCGUACCUGACUAUCAGGAUACGGAGGAUCCGGAGUAUGAGGACUUCAGGGCUGAGGCCAGCCUACAGAGGAGCCGACAGCUCGAGAGUUUCUCCAAGGCUGCCGAGGCCUUCAAGCAAGGACGGAAAGAAGUGGCUUCAUUUUACGCACAGCAGGGACACCUGCAUGGCAAGAGGAUGCGUGAAGCCAAUCACCGGGCUGCAGCUCAGAUUUUUCAAAGGGUCAACUCAUCACUGCUGCCAAAUAACAUCCUGGACCUCCAUGGGCUGCACGUAGAUGAGGCCCUGGAUCAUCUGGCUCGGGUCUUACAUAACAAAACCGCAGAUUGUGAGCAGGGUCUGUGUCGACCUCAGCUCUCUGUCAUCACAGGAAGAGGGAACCACAGCCAGGGGGGCGUGGCCCGCAUCCGCCCCGCCGUUAUAGACUACCUCACCAACAAACACUACAGGUUCACUGAGCCAAAGCCAGGUCUCGUGUUGGUCUCUUUGAAGUGAGUAGAACCUGGUUUAUUGGAGUGAAGCUGCGGAUGGAGGACAACACUCUUUUCUCUGCUUCUACAACACCACAUAUACAAUUACUACAGUAUAUACAGUAUGGUAUACUACUCAGCCUCCUCGUUUCUUUUUUCUGUCAGUCAGUUUUGGUACUUGUUUUUUCCCAACUCUCUCUCUUUUUCUCCAUCAGUCAUAAAGACACUAGGAUUUUAAUUUAAUCUUAAACAUGACUAAAUUGAGGUUAAUUUUAGUUAAGAUCUUAAUCCAGAUCCUAAUAAGAAUAUUUUUUCCUCUUGUGUUCAUGAAAGGAAACUGCAUUGGCCUGAAUGUAUGUACAUUUUAUAUUUAAAAAUGUUUAGUGUGGUGUAUUUUGUUUUACAUUUAUCUUUAUGCCUUUUAAAGAGUAUGAAAAAUUGCUGUAUUAUGAAGGCUCCAUGUUGAAAGAGGUGUUUGAGACAUGUAAGGAUUUUAUGAAACUUGAACUGAAUCAUGAUUGCAUGUUGUCUACUCGGAGGUUGUUCUCCAGGAUUUUAAGUAAUAUGGCAUCCUUUUUUGAGACACAAAUUUAAGCAUUUUAUUUGAUACUCAUUCUACACUGCAGUCAAAUCAGAAAUUGUCCUCUGAGAAGUUAUCACAAAACCAAAAUGCUUAAAAAGAAGAACAAUGUUUUUCUCUUGGUGGAAGUGUUACCAGGACGUGAGCCAACUCCUCAGAUGAUCAAAAGGCCAUUAAAUGGUUUGAACACCAUCCACUGUGAGCUCUGCAGCAAUCUGCGUCCUUUGUCUUAGCAGCUGCCUCAGAAAUAUACAACUGUCCAUUAAGUUUUUGCUUAAGGCCGAGCCAAGCUUAGCAGCUAAUAUAUUGAUAUUCAAACUCAGGUAAGGAUCCAACAAUGUUAGGUUUUCCUUUCUUUUGAGGGCCAGUCAAUUGUUUCCAGCCUGUUCCUGGUGGCAUUUUUUUUAACCCAUUGUGCCAAAUUUUGUAGCAGUUGUAUUCCUCAGGUUGCUACACUAGUUUUGUAGGUCCAAAAUCGCUUCUGCUUUUCUAUCUGUGUGAUAUUUUUCACAAAAGUGCAACAAAAAUAUUUUACAGAUUGUAUAUAUUAUGAACAUAUUAAGUAUAUAGAGAGAAUUGUAUUUUUUUAUUCACUUGUUCAAAUGGUUUUUACAGAGAAUAUUGUAUUGUUGAAUAAAAUCUUCUAUGUUUACAGUUUAA